AACGCAGCCUUUACAAAACGGCUAAACCAACUCAAAAUCCCCAAAACCCUCGUCCCUCUUUCUCUAUCGUUCGAGCUCGGUCUCCAGUCAUCACCGAACAUCGCCUCCUCCACCGCUAGCAACAGUCGCGAUUCGCAGUCUCGCCGUCGACCGCCUCAAGCAGUAGGCGACGACGCCAGAGAAAUGGGUGCCAAGGCGAAGAAAGCAAUGAUGAAAAGAAUAAAGAAGGGCUCAUCUCAAUUGUCAUUUUCUAAUCGUAAAAAUGAAGCUGCUGAUUUCUUGCCAUUAGAAGGUGGUCCUGGGAAAAAACUGCUUCAUGGACAAGAGGAACCUAAGAAAAAUAAAGCCACUGUUGUGUAUAUUGGCCGUAUACCACAUGGGUUCUAUGAGGAUGAAAUGGAAGGUUUUUUUUCACAGUUUGGUACGAUCAAGAGAUUAAGAAUUGCCCGAAAUAAGAAAACAGGAAACUCAAAACAUUUUGGCUUCAUCGAAUUUGAGUGUCCAGAGGUGGCAGAAAUUGUAGUUGAUACCAUGAAUAAUCAACUUCUCUUUGAGCACAUAUUGAAAGUGCAACUUGUUCCACCAGAGAGGGUUCAUCCGAAAUUAUGGAAUGGUCUAAAACGAAGGUACAAGCCAUUGAACUGGACCGAAAUUGAACAAAAACGCCACAAUAAGGAGCGAACAUUGGAAGAGCACAAGAAAUUAAUCAAAGGAAUCCUGAAACGAGACCAAAAGAGGAGAAAGAGGAUAGAAGCUGCUGGUAUUGAAUAUGAAUGCCCAGAAAUUGUGGGUAGCAUCCAGCCUAGUUCAAAGAAAAUUAGGUUUGAUGAAGAUUAGGCUUCUGUGAGAUCAUACAAUGAAACGUGGUUUUGCAUCAGAAGAAAUUAAAGGAAAAAGAGGCACGCCUGUUGGAGCUUUCCUAUUUCUGGUAGAAUGAAAAUCAGCCAAAUGAAGGUGCAAGAACAGUUUUGAGUCGAUCCGACCUUUUGCUGCAACCAAAUUGUUCAUGUCUAACCGGACAAAUAUGUCUUCAUGUCUAAACUUUUUUUGGUAAACGUUUUCAUCCCAAGCUGCAACUAAGCUAAAAAAACAAGUAUCUUUUGUUAGGGGGAUCUCAUGGAUGAUGUAUUUCUUUAAGCUUUGAAAUUAGUAUUCUCUUAAAGCUUAGCACAUGAAACUUUUCGUAGAUUGAUGGUUGACCUUUUCAGGAUUUUUAUUGAA